AUGCGUAUCCCAUCAUUUCUCCUGUUUGGGCUGUUCGCCGUGCCCGUCCUAACAGCAGAUCCGGCCCUUACAACUCUCUUUGUUGUAAAAGACCAAACCGACGACCAGGGCGGCUGCAUGUCUAAAAUUGACACCCUCCAAACCUGGCUCACUGAAAGCAGAACCCUCGUUGCCUCCGGGCUCAAGGCCAUCUCUGACGCACAGGACUCCUCUGCGACUACAUACAAUGUAGCCAGACGGUAUCUCGCAGCCCAUUUCCAGGCCGACCCCAGCAACGCUGACGCGCUUGCCACCGUGCAGGGAUACCUCACCCAAGUCUCCGACUUUCUCUCCGGCAAAACCACCCUCUCCAGCACCCCGCGCCUCUAUUGCAGCGACACAUGGUUAACCAAGUUGUCCCGCGACGAUGUAGCCUGGGACUCUGACGGCGACGUGGUCAUGCAAGAAGACGGUGGUGGGGUGUCCGCCCCCAUCGCCAUUGAGGAUGUCGACGAGUACGACAGCGAGCUCUGGAGGACGCAGAAGAACGGCAAGGUCGUGGCAACCAAAAACGUGCCCUACUGGUCCGCCGACCUCAAAGAGUACGUCUUCGACGUCAACUACAAUGGCAAGACCUACUGCACCUCCAGCGCGAAGAACCUGGGCGCCACGCAGGACCAAACAAUCCCCAGCACGAUAACGCUGUGUCCGUCUGCCUUUACCAAGACCGCUGCGGUCGCGACGCUCGGGGCUAAGACGCCCGCAGCCGGAAUGGCGAUUGGGGACAUCCUCCCGCGCGGCGCCACCUUUUACCAUGAGCUGUUCCAUCUGGUGUUGGGGACUGCGGAGACGCCGGAUUUGACGUACAGCUGGGUAGACCAGCAAAAUCGCCUGAAAGAGGCCACCACCAUACCUGAUGGUGAUGAUGAGAAUUACGGGCAGCUUGUGCGCCGCAACCCGGAGUCAUACGUGUUCUUUAGCGUGGGUUACUGGUACUUCCAGCAGACGACAUGGAACUCGGAUGAUACUAGCAAGAGGUGGGCAUUUCAAUCUGGUGCUGGCGAGUUAGUCAAGAUCUAG